AUGUUUUGGUUGAAUUACGUAUUGAUCUUCCUGUGUUCAAUAUUCUUUGUCGUUUUGGGGAUGAGAAUCCCGGAUCCACCUGUGUUUGCCGCUGUUGAGCACUAUCCCAGUAUUUGUUAUCUACCCCCGGAUUCUGGUCUAUGCCCAUCACAAAAUGUGGAUAAUCUCUCGGAAGAGGCUUCCGAUCUACAAAUCAGAUAUUAUUUUGAUCAAACGACACAACAGUGUUACCCAUUUGGAGUGCAGAGCUGUGGUGGAAACGAGAAUCGGUUCGCGACACGAGCCGAGUGCCAAAACUAUUGCCGGAUCGGAGUU